AUGCACUCUAUUGGACGGUUACACUCUUUCAGCUCUGAAGCUGACGGUGACCCAAUAAAAGUCAAAAUGACCCCGCGGGUAGCUGUGCGCGAUAAAACACCUCAUCGGUUCCAAGUCGUUCCUCUUCGCGAGAUAAGCCAACGCCCUAUUGACGGGGUGAACGCGUUGGCUCUACCCAACCUUCGACAAAAUCAAAACCGGCUUCUAGGGAAAGUGGGGUCAUCCACUACGUCGUCGAGUUCUCGUUUAACUCCGUCUCCUCCUUUGGUGGGUAAUGUUUCUUUCCAAUUUCCUGCACAUAGUUCAAUUGAAAGCUUACGCAUCCCACCUCUGAUGGAAAUUCGUUCUCUCAAGGCAUCUUCUUCGAAGCGCAUCUGCAACGAUACUUCUUCAUUGGCCCGCCAACCCCUCACCGAACUGGACCAGAACGUGGAGCCGCCUGACCUUUCAGAGUUACACCUAGAAGAUGCUACAUCAAAACGCAAGAGACCACAGAGUCACUUUUCCUCUCUCAAGUCGUUUCCUAAUCAAGCCGCUCUUUUACUUCCAUCAACAUCCCUAUCUACUUCUUCACUCUCUCUUCAGGCUGUUGAGCACCGUCGUCAAGAUGUCCAUACUAAGUCCUCAAGUUCCAUUUCUAUCAAUCAAAAGGCUUCGCCUCGCAGUCAUCUCGAGGGCCGUACACCACGUCCUGUGCGCAAACAAACUAUGACUCUGUCAGAAAAUCUUUACGACGGUCGUCCUGAAUACGUAAGCGAAGGAAACACGAAACCUACGAUCAAACACCUCGAGACUGCUUGUCGCCCGUCAUCCAAGCGUAACGCUAUCUACAACCAGCCUUUGUACACGAAUUUUCUCAGUCAAACCGAUAUUCCUAAAUUGGUUGAAGAUUCUCACAAGGGGGUAUCGGACGCAACCACUGAUUUCGCUGCACUUGAUGGACGUCAAGAGAACACCUGCCUGCAACCCCCUCCUGUCUAUGGCGAGAGGCUGCACGAACGAUCUUCAGAUGUUGGAGAAGAGGAUCCCGAAAAUGUCGACACAACCAUCUCUCCAAGCGCAUCCCAUCAAGAAAACACAUUGUUGAAAUCGUUACUGCCUAAACUGCUGCCAACCCAGCCACUGCGCUGCUCUCGCACUCAUUCUGUUCGUGUGAAGCCGUUUUCUGAGGGAAAGGUGGUCUACUCAAACAUCGUGCUCGAGUUGAUGUCAGAUAUUGACAAGGAGCUCGAAGGGUGGAGGAAUUUGCUUCAACACUAA